AUUACAUUUAUUCUUUUUUGUAAUAACAAUAACUGAAGUUCAAUUUGUUAAACUUCAUUGCAUUUUACUUCGAUUUGGAGUCAUUCGUUUUCAUUUUGUUAAAUAAACUGGAAAAGUGGACGUAAUUGUGGAAAGCGUGCAUUUCGUUGUUGUAGCAUUAUGACCUCCGUUUUGACCAUCACACUAUGGAUGGUCAUCAUAGCUGGUUGCAAUGUGUUCGUAAAAGGUUUACCAUUUAUAUUUUCGGGCAGCAGAGGGCAAGUAAUAAAUUGGACCACUCCUGAAGACGAUUGGGACGUCGCGAAAAUACCACGCAGUAUAACGCCCCACAUAGAAAUCCAACAUUUUCCUAAUCGCACAAAUGAUGCUCCCUCACUUAGUGACGAAGAGUUUUUGGAACGUCUGCAUAAAAUUAAAAAAAAUAUGUCAUCACCACGCAUGUUGUGGUAUGACACCACUUCUGAUGGUUUGACUUAUCCACCAUUUGUGGAUAAAGCUCUGAAAUUAUUCAACUUAAAGCAAGUAGCAUUCGAAAUAGAGAAUAGUGUAAUGUCUAAAGUAUCUUGCACUGCUUGCAAGGCUGGUGCCGGGCUUUUACAACACUACAUUAAAGCUGGUAAAACUGACACAGAAAUCAUUAAACUCAUUUACCAAUUCUGUGUGAAUCUCAACAUACAAAGUGCGCGAGUAUGUGAGGGUGUGUCAACAUUAUUCGGCAGUGAGGUGAUUUAUGUUCUGCAACGUGUAAAUCUAGGACCUGAUGAAAUUUGUAGUUUUGUCAUUGGCGAUGGAUGUGGCGAUGUAUAUAAUCCCUACCACGAAUGGGAAGUAAUAUUCCCUCCGGUACCUAAGCCUCCAGUCGCUGAGUUGGGCAUUCCGCAAGAGAGCGCUCCGUUCUUCAAGGUGCUACAUAUAUCUGACACGCAUUAUGAUCCACAUUAUGCUGAAGGUUCAAAUGCUGAUUGCAAUGAACCGCUUUGUUGUCGUCUAAGCAGUGGGCGACCUGCUAAUCCCAAUGCCGCUGCUGGCAAAUGGGGUGAUUAUCGUAAAUGCGACACUCCCAAGCGUACAGUUGACAACAUGCUUGCGCACAUCGCUGAUACACACAAAGAUAUUGAUUAUAUACUUUGGACAGGUGAUCUCCCACCACAUGAUGUUUGGAAUCAAACAAAAGAGGAGAAUUUAGAAAUCAUUAAGGAAACUGUAAAACAAAUGACCGAGAAGUUCCCUGGUAUUCCUAUAUUUCCAGCUUUAGGAAAUCACGAAAGUGCACCGGUGAACAGUUUUCCACCGCCCUACGUGAAUCAAGUCGAUAUAUCAAUAUCAUGGUUGUAUGAUGAAUUAGAUGUGCAGUGGAGGCGCUGGCUGCCACAAAGUGUGUCGCACACAGUAAGACGAGGAGCAUUUUAUUCUGUGCUAGUUCGUCCAGGUUUUCGUAUCAUUUCACUUAAUAUGAAUUACUGCAACAAUAAAAACUGGUGGCUUCUAUUGAAUUCAACCGAUCCGGCCACAGAACUUCAAUGGUUUAUUUACGAACUACAAAGUGCGGAAUUCUCAAAUGAAAAAGUGCACGUCAUUGGUCACAUACCACCAGGACAUUCCGAUUGUCUCAAAGUUUGGUCACGUAAUUUUUAUAAAAUAAUUUCACGAUAUGAGAGCACGAUUAUGGCGCAAUUCUAUGGACACACACAUUAUGAUGAGUUUGAAAUGUUCUAUGAUCCACACGAUUUAAGUCAUUCAACAAAUAUUGGUUACAUUGGUCCAUCCGUUUCACCCUAUUACGACCUUAAUCCCGGUUAUCGUAUUUAUUAUGUCGAUGGUGAUCACGACACCACGACAAGGUUGGUGAUCGAUCAUGAGUCAUGGAUAAUGAAUCUCAAAGAGGCAAAUCUCUACGACUAUCCCAUAUGGUAUAAAUUGUAUACAGCAAGAGCUGCUUACAACAUGAAAGCAUUGCGUCCUGCAGAUUGGGAUAACUUGAUUAAUGAGAUGGCGCAUAAUCAGGAAUUAUUUGAUUUGUACUAUCAAAACUAUUGGAAAAACUCACCAGUCAAACCGGCGUGCGAUGCCGAAUGCAGAAAACGUAUUUUAUGUGACGCUAAAAGUGGGCGCUCCCAUGAUCGCAGACACUUUUGCCAAGACGUAGAAUCGAAAAUAGAUGAAGGUUCAUCAAAAUCGUGGAAGUCCUGGCUAUAUCGCGGUUUGACCAAUUCUUAUAGCAUAUUGUCUUCAAUCACUUAUCUGCCGAAGUAUCUGAUGGGAUUUGGCUGAGCUGAGCUACUACUGAGUGAAAGAUAUCCAAAGCUACUGUGUAAAUCCAUAGAAACGAUUAAAAUAACUAUUAAGUGUGGAGUUGGCGAGUGAUUAGUACAUACACCGUUUCCAGCAUCGUUAAAGAAAAACGAAAAAAGAAAACUUCUGAAAACUCUAAAGUACGUAAAACGCCAGUCUGGGUUUGUUAACCUAAAUUUUUAGUUUUAAGCGAUUUGUUUAUAUAAUUUUAAUUACGCAAAGUUCAAAGAAUACACAUUGUUUUUAUACACAACACAAAUUCAGGUUGCUUCAUAAGUCUUAAGUUUG